GUGGGAAACCAACAUACAGCAUCGAAGAUAUCUUGAGACGAGAAGGACGACUAAAACUUAUGAAGAGCACAUGUGAGCAAGAUGAAGAGUGUUUUCGUUCUUGCCGAAAAAGUCUGGGCUGGUUCAAACCUGUUGUAUCGAUGGCAAAAGAGUCUUGGCAAUUACAUUGCUGUUGCUGGGCAGGACAACUCUGUCAAAAUAUAUGAUCGACAUGGGCACAAGUGGACUGAACUCAGUCUCCCAGGGCGCUGCGUCGGAAUGGACUGGGAUAAGGAUGGAGAUAUUCUGGCAGUGAUAGCUUCAAAAUCAAGCUCCAUCUUUUUGUGGGAUGCCAGCGUGAAUAAAACGACUCAGAUAGACAGCGGCAUGAAAGAUCAGAUGUCCUUUAUUUUGUGGUCAAAGACUGGUCCCCUUCUGGCUGUCGGUACAGUCAAGGGAAACCUGUUGAUCUACAAUCAGCAGACUUCACGCAAGGUCCCUGUGCUGGGUAAGCACACAAAAAAGAUCACUUGUGGAUGCUGGAGUUCUCAGAACUUACUGGCUCUGGGAAGUGAAGACAACACUCUGAGUAUCAGCAAUCAUGAAGGGGACACUGUCCGACAGACGACCCUCCGUGGGGAGCCUGCUGACAUUUACUUUUCAGUCAUGAAGACGGAUGAGAGAUCUGCUCAAGGGGAAAGCACAGUCAGUGUGUCUGUCGACAAGAAGAUAUUGAUGCUUUUCAACGUGAACGACCCUGAAAAUCGGAUCGAGUUGGCCUUCCAGCCCCUCUAUGGGAACAUUGUUUCCUACCGCUGGUAUGGUGAUGGGUAUAUUCUCAUUGGCUUCUCCCAUGGAUACUUUGUGGUUAUCUCCACUCAUAUCAGGGAGAUUGGAAAUGAGCUCUAUCAGGCUCACAACCAUAAAGAUUGUCUUAACAGUGUGGCAAUCUCAUCAGCACUAAACAAGGCUGCUUCCUGCGGGGACAACAGUAUCAAAAUCCACGAGCUGUCUGAUCUCAAAGAUAUCAGCAAUAUUGUUCAGUUGGAUGAUGAGACUAAAGGUCUGGAUCAGUUGAACUGGACAGAUGAUGGCCAGCUGUUGGCCAUCUCCACACAGAAAGGCACUCUUCACGUCUUUCUUACCAGGCUGCCCAUCCUGGGCGACAGCUUCGGUACCCGGCUGGCUUACCUCACCUCGUUACUGGAGGUCACAGUUUCCAACCAAGUGGAGGGGGAGAGCACAGUGGCCAUACAAGUGGAAGUGGAGCCCUCCGUCAUCGCGGUGGGACCUUAUCAUGUGGCAGUGGGGAUGAACAACAGAGCCUGGUUUUAUGCCCUAACAGAUGAAAAACCAGGUUAUCAGAAACUGAAGGAUGUUGAGUAUUUGGGGACAAUAGUCAGCUUGUGCCUUAACUCUGACUAUGCAGCAGCGCUGUUUGAGGGGAAAGUGCAGCUGCACAUGAUUGAAGGUAAAGACCACGACGAGAAAAAGCAAAUGAAGCUUUUUCCAGACGAUGAGAGGAAAGGUCGGAUCCUCUGCCACGCCCUCACCGCUGACUUCCUCUACUACGGCACCGAUUCAGGAAACGUUGUGUGUGUCAUGGUGGAGGACUGGGAGACGGUGAGCAGCUACAGUCACUCCGUCGGCGUGAGGAAAGUCUUCCCGGACGUGAAUGGCACGCGGGUCGUCUUCAUCGACAACAAGAACAGCGGCUUCCUGUUUUCCCCUGCGAAUGCGACCGUCUCCUGCUUUGAGCUCCCCAACUUCUCCCCCACCAUCACAGGAGUGCUGUGGGACAACUGGCACGCGGACAGAGGAGUGUUUGCAGCGUAUGACGACGACAAAGUCUACACCUACGCGCUACAUAAAACCACAAUAUAUGGUCCGCAGGUGGUCGUGGUGGGAAGCACUCCACUACUCUUUUCCCAGAAGCCUUUGCUGUUGUACAACGGCGAGCUGACUUGUCAGACUGCGAGCGGGAAGACCAGCGACGUCACUUUGAGCACUCACUCCUUCCUCAAGCACACGACCGGCAAAUCAAUGGAUUCACCGCAGGAGCUCAGCAAGCAGAUCGGCCAGGCUGUCCUGCUGAAAAGAUUUCAAGAGGCGUGGGAUCUGUGUAAGGCAGCAGGCGCUGACGAUGACUGGGCAGAAUUAGGAAAAGCCUGCUUGAUCCACAUGGAGGUGGAUUUGGCCAUCCAGGUGUAUCGUAUGAGUGGCAACGUGGGCAUGGUCCUGUCACUGCAGGGCAUCCAGGGAAUAGAGGACAUGAAGUUACUUGCAGGACAUUUAGCCAUGUUUCUGUGUGACUACAACCUGGCUCAGGACCUUUACCUGUCCUCCAGCUGCCCGCUCGCUGCCCUUGAGAUGAGAAGAGACCUGUUGCACUGGGACAGCGCUCUCAUGCUGGCCAAGAGGUUAGCAGAGGACCAGAUUCCAUUUAUAUCCAAAGAAUAUGCUGGACAUCUGGAGUUUACUGGGGACUAUUUGAAUGCAUUGGCUCACUAUGAGAAAGGAAUGACUCACAAUAAUAAAUUCCAGGAUCAUGAUGAGGCGUGCCUGGCCGGUGUUGCCAGGAUGUCCAUCAGAAUGGGCGACAUCCGGAAAGGAGCCGCUCAGGCUCUCCAGCACCCGAGCAGAGUCCUCAAGAAGGAGUGUGGAGCCAUCCUGGAGAGCAUGAAGCAAUACUCUGAAGCGGCCCAGCUCUAUGAAAAAGGCCAGUAUUACGACAAGGCUGCGUCUGUCUACAUCCGUUGCAAGAACUGGGCGAAGGUGGGGGAGUUGCUCCCAAAUGUCUCCUCUCCUAAGAUUCACCUGCAGUAUGCGAAGGCCAAGGAGGCGGACGGCAAGUAUAAGGACGCAGCACAGGCCUACGAGAGCGCCAAAGACUGGGACAACGUCAUCCGGGUGUUGCUCGACCAUCUCAACAACCCUGAGGACGCCGUUCGUAUCGUCAGGGAAACGCAGAGCAUCGACGGAGCAAAGAUGGUUGCCAGGUUCUUUCUGCGUUUGAAUGACUACGGCUCAGCGAUCCACUUCCUGGUUCUGUCUCAAUGCAACGAUGAAGCCUUCCAGCUGGCUCAGCAGCACGGACAGAUGGAGGUUUAUGCAGACAUCAUCGGCUCCGAGGCCACGCAGGAGGACUACCAGAGCAUCGCUCUCUACUUCGAGGGAGAGAAGAAACACCUACUGGCCGGGAAGUUCUUCCAGAAGUGUGGACAGUACAGCCGAGCCCUGAAGCAUUUCCUCAAGUGUCCCAGCACCGAGGACAGCCUGGCCAUCGAGAUGGCCAUCGAGACGGUGGGUCAAGCCAAGGAGAGCUCUUUGACCAACCAGCUGAUUGAUUACCUGAUGGGAGAAAGUGAUGGGAUGCCGAAGGACGCAAAGUAUCUCUUCCGGCUGUACAUGGCUCUGCAGCAGUACAGGGAGGCGGCUCGCACCGCCAUCAUCAUCGCCAGAGAGGAGCAGUGUGCAGGAAACUACCGCAAUGCUCAUGACGUGCUGUUCAGCAUGUACACGGAGCUGCAGGCUCAGAAAAUUAAAAUCCCUGCGGAGAUGGCGACCAACCUGAUGAUUCUCCACUCAUACCUGCUGGUCAAGAUCCAUGUGAAGAGAGGAGACCAUCUGAAAGGGGCUCGCAUGCUCAUUCGUGUCAGCAACAACAUCAGCAAGUUUCCUGCUCAUGUUGUUCCCAUUCUGACGUCGGCAGUCAUCGAAUGUCACCGUGCUGGACUGAAGAACUCCGCUUUCAGCUUCGCCGCCAUGCUGAUGAGGCCGGAGUACAGAAACGACAUUGAUCCAAAGUACAGGAAGAAGAUCGAGGCCAUGGUUCGGCGUCCAGACACGUCGGAGCUGGAGGAGGAAACCACUCCCUGUCCUUACUGCGGCUUCCAGCUGCCACAGAAUGAGCUGCUGUGCAUCUCCUGCAAGAACAACCUGCCGUACUGCAUCGCCACGGGUCGUCACAUGCUGAAAGAGGACUGGUGCAUCUGCCCUCACUGUGAAUUCCCUGCUCUCUACUCCCAGUUCAUUCUGCUGCUGGCGACUGAGACGUCGUGUCCCAUGUGCUCCGAAAAGCUGAGUGCCCAACAGCUGAAGAAGCUCUCCGAUUGUUCCAGUUAUCUGAAACCCGAUGAGGCCGAUCAGUGAAAAAAGAAAAAAAAAAGGCUUGAAUUAAUCAAAAGAAUAAGUGAUGUUUGAAUGUUCAGAAUCAGUUGUAUAUUAUAUAAUUAAAUAUUUUUUAUCACUUUUCUACAGACCCCGUCUUUUACAGCAGGCUUCUCCAGCCUCUUAUGUCUGAGCAACUUGUGCUGAAAGCUCCUGGUGUUUUUUUUUUUGUUUUUUUUUUAUGAUUUAUUUCUAUAUAAAAGAGUUAAAUAUGCUUGUGUCAAGUCAUCUCAGCUCUCUAUAAGCUCAAAAGUUAAAACUCUUGGAGGAAGCUUUGAAAUACCACCAAAGCUAAAAAUGAUGUGGACAAUUCCCAUGUUUUCUAUACAAAGAUGAAACAAUUUUGGGGAAAUAAAAUGUGAACAGUGUCAUAAAAACUCUUGCAGGAUAUGAAAUUCCAAACGCCUUAUCUGUAAUAAACCUGGAAAAGUUAUGAAGAAAGAAAAGCCAUCGCCACGAAUCGGCUGAAUGUAAACGCUCCAGAACGAGAGCAGUGGAUGGAUGUUUUAAGAGUAUUCUGAUGGUGAAACUGAGCUCCAAAAUAAGGAUAAAAGGAAAUACAUUCCUUAAAACAUCUACAAA